UUUUAACCGUCUGGUGCGGUGCCGAUUACCUUGAAUGUUCCAGGACUUUUAGGUGCUCAUCUACACCAGAUGUUACGGUACCAAGAUAGAAAGCAGGAAGUUGGUUCAAAAAAGCGCGUCUUCUGCAUCUACUUGUUCUUCUUCUCUUUGAUAGCUCGAGGAGACUGACUUCCAUAAUGAAAGAUGACAGAGAACGCUGCACAGUUAUUUGCCAGAUUGGAAGGCAGGAGGUGUCUCAAGGACAUAGAACCGUGCAUCUUUCCAGAGGAUGGGGGACCAAACUAUGGUGACGUUGUGGAGCUCCAUGGGACAGAGGGGACAGGGAAGACGGAGCUGCUGUACCACCUACUGGUCCGCUGCCUGCUCCCUGGGGACGUGGGCGGGCUGGGCGUAGAGGUGGUCUUCCUGGACACUGACCACCAUUUUGACAUGCUGCGUCUUGUCACCGUGCUGGAGCACCGCCUGGCUCAGGCGACACGGGCCGGGAGCUCUGAGGAAGGUUGUGAGAGCUCUGGAGGUCAGGGCCAGGCUACUGCCACCUCUGAUCCUGAGACACGGGUGCGAGCGUGCCUGAGCCGUCUUUCUGUGGUGCACUGCUCCAGCUCUGCCCAGCUCCUCCUCACACUCCACUUCCUAGAGACGUCCAUGUGCAGCCGGCCCAAACUGUCACUGCUCAUCAUUGACAGCAUAUCCGCCUUUUAUUGGACGGACCGCAGUGGGGGUGGGGACAGCGUGGCCAAACAGGAAGUGACACUCCGGAAGUGCUCGGAGCUCCUGGCCAGGCUGUUGAGGGACUACCGCAUCAGUGUGUUCGCAUCCACACACGCCAUCAUGAGGAAUUAUGGGAAUUGGAGUUCUGACAGGCUUGGCGAGUCUUCCGACGCGGCGUCUUCCUGGAGGAAGUGGAGCUCAGCACAGGGGUCUGAUUAUGAUAGACUGUACCUGUGCAAGGCGUGGCAGAGGCUGGUCACACACAGGCUGCUAUUGGCCAGAGCAGAGACUGGGCCGGGCACUAGGGAUCAACGACAUGUGUUCUCAGCAACAAGCACCUCCUCCACCUCAUAUUCCUCCUCUAACAGACCAAGAGGUGUCAGGAAUUUCUCCUUUGUGAUAACGGAUGAAGGCCUGAGUUUCAUGUAGUCGAGAGAGGAGCUGUUUAAUGUUAAAUAGAGAACACAUGUUUACUCUUGUAUCAUCUUAGAUGUAGAUUUAUGUUGAACAUUUGAAGUCUUGUAACCCCUGUACAUCAUUAAAAACAUUUUUUUUGC